AUGUCACUAAUUUCUUUCUUUUAAAUAUAGAAGUUUAAUUAAAGUAGUAUUGUAAUUGGCGAAAAUACAUACCCUUAAACUCUACCGAUUUUUUGGAACUCUAAUGGAAUUUCGUCUAAAAAAAGUUUUUAGAGUGUUUCAUAGGAAUUAGAGGUUAAUGGAGGCAUAGUUUUAAAUUAGCUUAAAUAUAUCGAUUUAAAUCCGAAAUAAAAUUUGAUGUCUUUUGUAUAAUCAGAAUUAGGCUAUAUUAUAUUAUAUGAAGAUGAAAAUGAUGAAUUGGAAGAUAUUUUAACAAAUGGAAACAACAGUUUUAUAGUGAAUACUCAAAAAAAUUCUUAUGUAAUUGAAGAUAAUUUAAUUACUAAAAUUUUACCUUAAACAAAUGUUUACUUAUUCUUAUGUAAAACUCUAAAUAUUGGUGAAAUUUAUGAAGAAAUACAAGACAUUAGUGAGGAGGUUUAGAAAUAUGCAGAUUUUCCUAAAUUCAACUAUAACUUUUAAAUAGAUUAUUAUAAUAAUAUUAUGAGUUACAGAGAUCCAUUUUCUGAAAAUGAACAAAGAAUUGAUCUCUUGAUAUUUAGAAGAUCAAAAAAGACAUAAGAAAUUAGAGCUCAAACAGAGGAUUUGAUAUACAAAUAGGUUAUUUAAAUUUCUAGAUAGGAGUUUUAAAAGAAAUAUGAACUAAAUUAUAGAGACUCUAUUGGAUGUGGUAGCUUUGGUCAGGUCUAUAAAGUUAAAAAUAAAUAUAAAUAAAUUAUAAAAAAUCCUGAUAUUUUACAAAGCAUGCCAGAUUAUUAUGCUUGCAAGCAAAUACAUAUAUCUUAAGAUGGAGAAAACUAGAGUUAAUAGAUUUUCCAUGAAAUUGAAGUGUUAGAAAAGCUAAGAAAAUAUGAAAAUGUAAUUAAAUUACAAAAUUAUAUUAUUGAAGAAAGGUCAACAUAUCUUGUCUUAGAUCUAGCAGAGUCCACAUUAUAGGAUAAAAUAAAUGAAAAGUAGACAAAUUCAGAAAAGUUUGAUGAGAGCGAAAUUGUGAAGUUUUUAUCCUAAAUAGGUAAAACUUUAGCAUUAAUAUACAUUGAAGAAGGGAUAGCUCAUAGAGAUAUUAAGCCUUCAAAUAUACUGAUAAAAGAUGACAAUUUUUACUUAUCUGAUUUCGGAUGUGCAGAAAUACUAUUUGAAUCGCAUGAAGCUAGAAACAAUUUAGUCAUGGGAACUUUGAAAUGGAUGUCACCUGAAUUAAAAGAAAUGAAGAAAAAUCAAGUAGUUGACUAUUUCAAAAGUGACAUAUUUAGUUUGGGAAUGUUAUUGCUUUAUAUGCUUACUCUUUCAGAUAUUUCUUCUGUAAACUCAGAUGAGUUUACUAAGAACCAAAAGAUAAGAAUCAUGAAAAAUUAUUGUAAAGGUAUUUCUAAUGAAAUAAUUUUACUUAUAAAAAGAAUGUUAGAAACAAACCCUGACAAUAGGCCUGAUGCAGCAAUAAUAAUUAAUGCAAUUUAAGAUAUAGAAAAUAACUUUAAAUAAAAAAAUUUAAGCAAAGAUUUAUGA